AUUAUCUAGAACGUCAGCUGGCCAUUGGAAAGAAUGUACCCAAGAUCGACCAAUCAGACUGCGUUCUUUAUGGGAGUGCGAACACUGGACCAAUAGGAACGCUCGGCUUUCCUUCAGAGCCCGCCCACAGGUAAUACAUCUCUGAGGGAGAAAACUGUGCACUGUGUCUCCGGCUGGCCACCGUUUUACCUGCAGACUCAGACAAAUAAAGUCCUUGGUAACAUCUCCACCAUGGCGACAACAGCAUUGAGAUCAGUGCUGAAGGCAAAGGUCCCACUUAAAGUUACCCGCAUGUGCUACUCCUCAUCCGUGCCCACCACCAAGCUGUUCAUUGAUGGGAAGUUUGUUGAAUCCAAAACGUCAGAAUGGCUGGAUAUUCACAAUCCUGCUACCAAUGAGGUGAUCGCCCGUGUACCCAAAGCCACGCAGGAGGAGAUGUCGGCUGCUGUGGACUCGUGCUCCAGAGCCUUUCAGACCUGGUCUGAGACCUCCAUCUUAGCACGGCAGCAGGUCUUUCUGCGCUAUCAGCAGCUUAUCAAGGACAACAUUAAAGAACUCGCCAAGUCCAUCACAGUGGAACAGGGCAAGACCCUGGCAGAUGCAGAGGGGGAUGUGUUCAGAGGAUUGCAGGUUGUGGAGCACUCCUGCAGCGUCACCUCUCUGAUGCUGGGUGAAACGCUGCCCUCCAUCACCAAGGACAUGGACACCUACACCUACCGCCUGCCCCUCGGGGUGUGCGCCGGCAUCGCCCCCUUCAACUUCCCCGCCAUGAUCCCUCUGUGGAUGUUCCCCAUGGGCAUGGUGUGCGGCAACACAUACCUGAUGAAGCCAUCGGAGCGGGUGCCGGGCUGCGCCAUGCUGCUGGCCAAGAUGCUGCAGGACGCCGGGGCUCCAGACGGGACGCUCAACAUCAUCCACGGCCAACACGCUGCUGUGAAUUUCAUCUGUGACCAUCCGACUAUCAAGGCGAUCAGCUUUGUUGGCUCGAAUCAAGCUGGAGAGUACAUUUACGAGAGGGGCUCUAAAAAUGGCAAGAGGGUCCAGUCAAACAUGGGAGCCAAGAACCAUGGUGUGGUGAUGCCUGAUGCCAAUAAGGAGAACACUCUGAACCAGCUUGUGGGUGCAGCGUUCGGGGCGGCAGGACAGCGCUGCAUGGCUCUGUCUACAGCCAUCCUAGUGGGCGAGGCGCGGAGCUGGCUGCCGGAGCUGGUGGAGCGCUCCAAGGCUCUGCGCGUGAACGCAGGAGACCAGCCUGGUGCGGACGUGGGGCCUCUUAUCUCUCCGCAGUCCAAGGAGAGAGUCUGCAGUCUGAUCCAGAGCGGCGUGGACGAGGGCGCUAAGGUGCUCCUGGAUGGCCGAAACGUCAAGGUCAAGGGAUAUGAGAAUGGCAACUUUGUGGGUCCAACCAUCAUUGGCAAUGUCACACCUGAGAUGAAGUGCUACACUGAGGAGAUCUUCGGGCCUGUGUUGGUUGUUCUCGAGGCAGAGUCUCUGGAUGAUGCCAUCAAUUUGGUCAACAGGAACCCCUAUGGCAACGGUACAGCUAUCUUCACCACAAAUGGCGCCACUGCACGCAAAUACACUCACGAGGUGGACGUGGGCCAGGUUGGAGUCAAUGUUCCCAUCCCCGUACCACUGCCCAUGUUCUCCUUCACUGGGUCAAGAGGAUCCUUCAGAGGGGACAUGAACUUCUACGGAAAACAAGGCAUCCAGUUCUACACACAGAUCAAAACUGUAACCUCACAAUGGAAAGCUGAAGAUGCCACCUUGAAAAGUCCUGCAGUUACCAUGCCCACCAUGGGGCGCUAAAUACUCCAAGUGCUGCUGUUCAGUUCGAUAAACCACAAGACUUGCACACCUGUCUUCCACAUACAGGACACUGAGGCUAAUUUCAUAUAAGUUAUGACUGUUGCUUUUGUGAAAUAGUCAUCCACUUCCAUGUUUUUGGUGCAGUUGUUUUACAAACCGGAUUCGAACCCUACACGAGGACACAUCAACCGUACUCCACACCACUUUUAAUCAGCCUUUGAAUCAACCAACCGUGCCCCACCACUGUAAUUAUAUGAACUGUACUUUGAGGUCAGCUGUAAUUGGAUCCCGUCCUAAAAUCCCUAAUGUGAAAGCCUCCUCCAUUGUGAAUAGUUCAUUAAUACUCCCCUUUUAAAGAUUUUAUAUUAGAUGUGUUUAUUUAGAUAUUCUUUAAAUGAAAACCAAUGCAGACAUCUGUACGGCCGAGGCAAUGUUUUUGAACCAUUUCUUCAAAUACAACCAGUAUUGAAAACCCUGUUGUGAAUUACUCGUGUAGUGGAUGUGAUCCCCGUAAAUGAAUAUUACCAUGAGUACUGCAUUGCACUGAUCCAAUAGAGAUUUUGUACUAGGGAUGGGAAUAAUUAAUCGAAAGAUUGAUCAAUGGUCCUUAAGAAUUUGGUCAAACACAUCAAAUUUUUAAUCGAUCUGUUUAUUUUUUUAAUUUUAUCUCUGACUGGUAUCAGUACUCACUGAACUGAAACACGGCAGAGCGUUCAGUUCUGCGGCUGUACGUCAAUAAGCCAAACAGCUGAGAAUUAAGUUGGAUAAAGCUACAGUUUGCAAACUGAAAGUUGCAAUAACAAUUAUAAAACACACAGAAAUAAGAUUAUUAAUUGGAGCAAAACUAGCUUACUGUAUCAAACCUUGCUAGCAUGAAUUACUAAGUUUUAUUUGAUCUAAAACUUAUUUAAACACAUAACACACUUUAAUAUGCAACACUACUGUGAAAACUAACUUCAUGCCUUUUCGGGGGCUAAAACAUAAGACACUGAACUCUUUAGUGUUAUCUUUACAGUAUAAUCUCACUUGAGUUAGUUUUACGAUUGACAGGAUCAAGUCUCUUUUCGUUCUUUCAAAAUAAAAGUGGCCGUUAUCAAAACAGGCUUUUGCAUAGUACUA